GGUGAACUGCCCCCGGUCGCGUCUUACGUACAUCCGCUUCCGGCAACAGAUUUCCCAGCUCAUUUCCCUUCCUCGUCCCCCCCCCAGAUUUUUCUCGCCGAGCGCCGAGCGAAGUCUCCGAACUGCACCGCGAACACGAGUGUGAAAACUGGGACUGACCGGACUGCGGCCAUGCGGGUUCUUUUGCUGUUCGCGGUGACGGUGCUGUCCCUGGGCCCGGCGGCGGUGAGCGGAGCCGAGAAGAAGAAGCUGCAGAUCGGCAUCAAGAAGCGAGUGGACAACUGCCCCAUCAAGUCGCGCAAGGGGGACGUGCUCAACAUGCACUACACGGGCAAGCUGGAGGACGGCACGGAGUUCGACAGCAGCAUUCCCCGCGACAGGCCCUUCACCUUCACCCUGGGCACCGGGCAGGUGAUCAAAGGCUGGGACCAGGGCCUGCUGGGCAUGUGCGAGGGCGAAAAGAGGAAGCUGGUCAUCCCCUCGGAGCUGGGCUACGGAGACCGGGGAGCUCCCCCGAAGAUCCCCGGCGGAGCGACGCUCAUCUUCGAGGUGGAGCUGCUCAGCAUCGAGAGGAGAUCCGACCUGUGAGGAGGACGAGGUGGCAGGCGAGUUUGAGGUUCCAGGAGGUGCUGCAGCAUCAAGUGGACAUCAUCUGACCUCUGAUGAAGACCACGUGGCUAACCUGGGAGUAGAGUUGGCACUGCCCGGCAGAGCCACUGUCUUCC